AUGAAUUUCUAUUUCUUUAUUUAAUAUGCAGUUGAAGCAGAAGCAAAGCUUGAGGAAAUCAGGAUACUCUUAGCAAGCUAGAACAAUUUUGAGCCAUUUACAAGUAAAAUAAUUAUAACAAAAUUAGCAUACAAAAGAUUAGAUUAGCCAAGAACCGGAGGAUUGAGACCGGAAAACAUCUUUGAAUUUUUAUAUGACAACGAAAUUUAAGUGGAUUAAAAUGAACUUGAUUAUAUUUUCAAGGUUUUAGAUGAAGAUUCUGAUGGUUUAGUAACUUAUUAGGAGUAUUAUUGUCACAUAAAUAAUUAGCUUCAAGAAUGCGAUUUUACCUAAGAUGAAUGAUUAAGUUAAAGAUUAAGCUUUAAAUCAUAAGAGUUAUGAUCUUCCUGUAGAUAUGUAAUUACCAAAAGAGAUCGAAACAUAAUUGUCAUAAUUUUUUAAUUAGAUAAAAUAAAAUUAUUUGUAAAUUAUAUUAUUAUUUCUUAGAUAAUAUUAGUAAAUACAAGAAAAAAUUGACUUGAAUUAAUUGGAUAUUUAUGAUAAUGAUAAUUAAAUAACAGUUGAUUCCUUGAAGAAUUGGUUGUAAUAAUAAGGAGAAGAUAUCAGCAAUGAAAUCCUUGAGAAUUUUGUUGCUAUUAUUUAAGGAUAACAACAAUAGCUCUAAAAUUUAUUAGAUCAAAUUUAUACAGAAAAUUAAGAGGAACAAGAAUAGAAAGUAGAAGAAAAUGUUGAUUAAGAAUAAUAAAAUGAACAUUAAGAAUAAGCUCUACAAGAAGAGGAAUUGGAAUAGCCACAAUAAAAAGAUACAGAUUAAGAUUUAAAUGAUACCUAAAAUAAUCAAUAAGAACAAUAGUCAUAAGAAAUUGAAUACAAAUCUUUGGAUUACAAAAAUCAAAAAAAUGACUCUUAUGAUGAUAUUGAUUAUCAAAUUCAAUAACUAAAGAAUAAGAUAAAAAAAUUAGAAGUUGUUUUAGGAUAGAAAAAUACAUCUCCUAUAGGAUCACUAUUGAAGAAUGAAUACAAUAGAGAGUUAUUAAACUUCUCAAGAAUGAAUUAUCAAAGAAAAUUCAAUCCAUCCUCUCCAACACAGAAGAAUGAUUUGAUAAGAUAAUAAUUAAGGUUAGACGAAGAAAUAAAAUUAGAAGAAAUAAAAUAAAAAAUCCUAAUAACAUAAAUAAAUAAUUCAGCCAAAAUUAAUUCUUCUGGAUUUUAUUCAAAUAGAUUGUAAAAGUAAUUAAAUAAAUUUAUGUUUUAGUCAAAUAUUCCAAAGUCCCCUUAAUUAAUCAAAAUCAAAGUAUAUAUCUGAUAAUUCUGGAAAUAAAGUAAGAUUAUUUAUGAUUUUUAUAGUAUAUUGGCAGUAAUAGAAAGCAGUAUCCAAAUUUCUUCUAGAAAUCAAUUAAUUUUAGCAAUAGAAAAUUUUGA